AAAACCCCUCCGUCACAGAGUCCACCAACAUGGUCCAGCCAUGGCUCCAUCUCUGCAUCUGCCUCCAGAUCCCAGGUUUUUAUACACUUUUAACCCAAACUCCAGAGCACCUUCUAACCCAAACUAACAGUAAAACCGAAAUGCUCUGUGAGGUGAAGAAGGAGCAUACCGGGGUGUACUGGUACCGCUGGAGCCAGGAGAGGCAACGUUUCGAGUUCUUGGUGUUUUCCAACAUGCUGGGCAAAGCCACGUAUGGCACAAACGUGAGCCGGGACAAAUUCAGUGUCCAUGAGGCAAGAGCCCACAGCUCCUACAGCCUGCACAUCAGCCACCUGCAUCCCUCAGACAGCGGCACUUACUACUGCUCCAUCUCCCAGUCCUCCCAGCUCCUCCUGGGCAGUGGGACACAGCUCAGAGUGGCUGACACUUUACCUCUGCCUCCAAAGACCACACAGACACCAGUGUCCAAAAAGCCCGUGCCGCGGAUAACCAAAAGCAAAGCUGCCAGCAGGACAGGUCCCUGCAGUCCCCUGGUCUGGAUCCCCCUGGCCGCGGGUGUCCUGCUCCUCCUGCUGGGCCUGGUGCCCGCUGCCCUCCGCCUCCACCGUGAGUAUCCCGCCACCACCCUGAGGGGUGCCGGGCCCUGGGACAGCCCAGGACAGGGGGUGAGCCGGGAGGGACUCCUGCCACUGACGGACACUGUCUCUUCCCAGGUCUGCGGCGGAGGCUGUGGCUUCGCAUCCACAGGCAGUAAAUCCCAGUAAAUCCCAGUA